AUAUUUUGUUUUGGUCUAUGUAUCGUUUAUUUUCGUUGGACUGUUAUUGAUAAAAGUUUAUUUGACUGAUUAUUUAAUAAUUAAAAAAGAUGCCAAAAGUAAAUAUAUCUGCAAGCUAUUCUCAAAAAUACACGAAGAAAUGGGAGAGAGAAGCUGAACUAAAAGGAUUUUCUAGGAAAUUCACAGACAAGCUGUCAAAGAACUAUUCAAUCAAAAUAAGAUAUUUAGAUUGGAUAGGAGCUGAUCCCAGUGGACAACCGGAGUUUGCUUACUGUAAAUAUUGCCGCACAACGCUAUCUGCACAUAAAAAGGGUUUGCUGGAACAUUCAAAGAGUAAAAAGCAUGAAAACUGUGUAAUAAAAAACAAAUCAGCUCUUGAAAGUAAAUCAUUAGAUCUCACGUUCAAACCCACUGUGACAGAUCAUAUAGAAAUAGCAGAGUUAAAAAUAGCUGCGUUCAUUGCUGAGCAUUGCUCUGUAAAAACUGUCGAUCAUAUGGUCGAUAUUCUGCCUAAACUGGAUCCGUCAUCAGACACACUUGCAAGAUUGAAACUCCACCGGACUAAAUGCACCACGUUGAUAAAAAAUGUAUUGGGCCCAUGCAUACUUGAUCAAUUAAUUGAAGAAAUAGGAGAUUCUCUUUAUUCAAUUAUAAUUGAUGAAAGCACUGAUACUUCAACUCAAAAAACAUUAUGUGUGAUGUUGCGAUUUUUUUCUGUACCAAAAAAGGAAGUGGUGACAACAUUUUAUCGGCUGAUAAAAAUAGUUGACUGUGAUGCGAAAUCUGUUCACCAAGCUAUAAAAUCGCAACUAGAAAAAGACAAUCUCAAAAUUCAAAAUAUGGUCGGAAUUGGCGUUGACGGAGCAAGUGUUAUGAUUGGAAAAAAAAAUUCUGUUACUGCUAUUUUUAAGAGAGAAUUAAAUGAUUUAAUUAUAAUGAGAUGUGUGUGUCAUUCCCUUCAUUUAUGUGCCGAAGAUGCCGCUGCUGCGCUGCCUAGUCGGCUAGAGCAUUUCGUUAGGGAAGCACAUAAUUAUUUUGCAUACAGCCCUAAACGAAUAGAAAAAUACAAAGAUUUAUAUGAAACUAUGAACGAUAAUCGAAACUCCAAGUAAAUUCAAGGUCUCAGCGGCACUCGCUGGCUGGCGCGUUAUGAUGCCAUCCAAACAAUUCUAGACCAAUGGGAAGAAUUGAAAUUGUACUUCACUAUGUGUCAAAAAGAGUGCUAUGCAGCUUCCAUAUUGUAUGAUACGAUGACUCGAGUACCUUAUAAGGCGUUUUUAGUUUUUUUAAAAGCCGAAUUAAAAUCCGUAAUUGAGCUGAAUGUUUUGUUUCAAAGCGACAACGUUGAACCUAUGAAGCUCUUUGAGGAUUUAUUCUUAUUGUUUAAAAGUUUAUUGCAAAGAAUUGUUGUGCCAUCGCAAUUACUGAAACUAAGGGAUAGUGAGUUAGUGUCAUUUGAUUUUAAGCUGUAUUUGAUGCAUGUAUCAUCUAUCUAUUUCGGCUAUGAAUUCAAUCCGAUUGCUAAAGAUAUUAAUACUGCAGACUUAGAAGACGUUAAAGAAAGAUGUAAAAGUUUCUUGUGUAUUUUAGCUGAAAAGAUACAAAUGCGAUUGCCCGAUAAUCUAUCAAUACUCAAAAUGAUGGCUGAUCUCCAUCCUAAUAUCGCCACAGCACAAGUAAAACCAAAUUUGAGUAAUAUUUUGACCAAUUUCCAAAGAAGUAAUUUAUAUGGAAAUAAGAGUGAGAUAGAAUUGGAAUGGAAUAAAUUACAUAAUAAGUCAUGGCGCAAUCUCGCUAGCUCAGUUGAAUUUUAUGCGGAAGUAUAUGAAGACUCUGAUGCUGCAGGAAAUCGACGUUUCAAAAAUAUCUCGAAAUUCGCAACGGCUCUGUUAACUGUGCCAAUUUCAAAUGCAAGUGUAGAACGUGCGUUUUCUACUUACACUAUCAUAAAAAAUAAAUUAAGAAAUAGACUAUCACUUGAUUUGCUCCAAAGUCUAAUGAUGACCAGAUUCAGCUUACAGCGAAGUGGCGGUUCUUGUGUAAAUUUUAAUCCUUCUGCUAGUAUGCUGAAAUUAUUUAACGUAGAAAUGUACGAUUUUAAAAAUACCAACACAAACGAUCAACAGGAAGCUGAUGAUUUGUUUUCGGUUUUAAAUGAAUUAUAAACUUUCAUGCUUCAAAUUUAUUUAUUAUUCAUGCGUUAAAAAAAUAUA